AUGGAACAAUAUUCUGCUGCUGUUGGCAAAACAUAUCGUUCAGAUUAUCCAAAAAAAAAUAUACAUUCAUCAUCGAUAAGAAAAAUUACUACAGUAGAACCAGCAGUAUCAAACACACCUCAUCAUCAUUCUUAUCAUUCUUAUCAUUCUUCAUAUUCUGAUUCAAUAAGACAACCACUACAGACAUCAUUAAAUUAUGAUGAUUCAGAUUAUAAUUCUCCAAUAUCUCGUUAUCAACGUGCAUCAUCGGCGACAAGUUUUUGUAGUAGUUCAACAUUAGACUCGAGAUUCUCGCAAACAACUCAAACAUUACCCAUUCGUUACUCAUCAGUUGAUCGAACAAGUCCAACAUUACCUAAAUGUUCCAUAAAAUAUUCGUCAGUUGAUCGUGUUUUACCCCCAUCAUCAUUCACAAAACAUCAACAUAGUUCUCAUUAUAAACCGAUUGUACGUAUUUUUCCAUAUAAUAAGUCGUUGACCACUUCUGCUCAUGGCAUAAAUCUUCAUAUACGUUUUGAUCCCAAAAAAACGACUUCAAUGCAUCACACUGGUCAUUAUCAUUCUUACAACAAACAUUCUCAACAACAACAACAUCAUCAUUCUUCUCAUCAUAGACAUUCACAUCAUGAACUACCAUCAUCGGCAUCAAAUGUUCGAUAUUUUCGUCGUGAUAUCGACGGAGUAAAUACAAACGUGAACGAUGUUGAACGACUUCAUCGUUAUGACUCAUGUCCAGUAUUAAAUUAUUCAAAACCGUCUAAUAUAAAAUAUAUAGAAACACGUUCAAUUAUUCGUGGACAGUCAACAGAAAAUAUUCAUAUUCCUCAACAACACAACUAUAGAAGUACAUUUAUUUUCAAAGAACAAUCAUUACCACCAAUAUUAACAUCAGCAGCAACAGUCAAUAUUACAUCAGCAAAACGUAUACCUUUUGACAGACGAUUCUUUCAACCAAUUACAAAAGUCAUAAGAGAAGAAACAGAGGAUUUUGAAAAUGAUUUAAUAACACAAGAAAAUCGUAUUCAACAAAUUCGUAAUAUUGUACAAAAUUCAUCAUCUUCAGUCGACUCAAAUGAAGUUCGUUCACGUGUGAAGCAUGUUUCUGAUCGUGUACAAGAUUUAGUUACAUCAUCAAAAACCUAUACAGACAAACUUGAAACAACUGAAACGGCGUUGAAUUUAAUUGAUGAAGUUACAUCUCAUGUAACAGAAUUGGAAACACGUUUAGCUUCUCAUAUUCCAGUAACAACCGAUGAACUACAAAUGAAACGGCAAUUAGAAGAUUUAAAAGAAUUAGAAGUACAUAUUAGUCAAACAGAAAAAAUAUUGAAUGAUAUGUUACAUCAGACAAAAGUUAUACCACAUCCAGAUGAACGUUUAUAUCGAAUUAGUGAACAACUAGUACAACGAUGGAAACAAAUAUGUUCAGAAACAAUUAAUCGACAACGUUCAAUAUAUCGUAGUAUGGAAUCAUAUCGUUCAUUUCAACCAUUAUUUAAACAAGAAGAACAAAUUCUUAAUGAAACAUUAAGACGGAUACAAAAUCUUGAACCAAUACCGAAUAUAAACAAAAUCGAAUCUCAGAGAAGAUUGGUGCAACCAGUCACAGAUCAAUUUCAAGAUAUUCUAUCUCGAUCUCAACAAAUUGAACAUAUGAAUGAUGUUGCAGUUAAAUUUAUUGAAGAAGCAAAGAUACAUGACAAAAGUUUAAGACAUUUUCGAGAUUCAUUACGUGAUUUACAUCCUAGUCUUGAUGCAUCUAUUAUUAAAAAACCAUAUUUUCCACGUGCAACAUGGAUUGUUCAAAGUAAUGUUGAAAACUUUAAUAGGUAAUAUAAAAACAAAAACAAAAAAAACAUCAACUAAUUGAAAUUAUACCAUUUAAUUUAGACGUUAUGCUGA